ACUUUUUCAUCCUAAACAAUUUAUUUUAAAAUUCUUUCAUAAUGAAUCCACACACGAAAGUUGACAUUUAUGUUUUUAGUUUCUCUUUCACAUUCCAACUUUUGUUAAACAUUUCUGAGUUUUAUGUUAUAAAUAAACAGAAAUCAGGUUCAACAAUCAAAAAACAUAGCAAUUAACUAAGAUGGCGCAAGUUAAGAACAAGCAAGUGAUUCUGAAAGAUUAUGUUACUGGUUUCCCUAAAGAAUCAGACAUGAACAUAGUUGACAGUACCAUAACUCUAAAGAUUCCAGAAGGUUCCAACGAUCUUGUUCUGGUAAAAAACCUCUACUUGUCUUGUGAUCCUUACAUGCGGGGUCUCAUGAACAAACCACAAGGAACCGCCAGUCCUCUUGCCUACUCCCCUCAAUCUGCGAUAGCUGGUUGUGGCGUGUUGAAAGUUCUGGAAUCUGGACACAAAGGUUAUAAGGAAGGUGAUUUGGUGUGGGGGUUUACGAAAUGGGAAGAGUACAGCUUGAUCCCUGCAGCUCAAAUACUUUUCAAAAUUGAGCAUACUGAUGUUCCACUUUCUUACUAUACCGGAAUUCUCGGUAUGCCGGGAAUGACUGCUUAUGCAGGUUUCUUUGAAGUAGGAAGUCCUAAGAAAGGAGAGAAUGUUUUCGUUUCGGCUGCAUCUGGUGCUGUUGGACAACUUGUUGGACAAUUCGCUAAAUUGCACGGUUGCUAUGUGGUUGGAAGUGCUGGAACUAAAGAAAAGGUGGAUCUGUUGAAGAAUAAAUUUGGAUAUGAUGAAGCCUUUAACUACAAAGAAGAACCAGACCUCAAUGCAGCAUUAAAAAGGUAUUUUCCGGAAGGCAUUGACAUUUACUAUGAGAAUGUUGGAGGAAAGACACUUGAUGCUGUACUCUUGAAUAUGAAACUCAAUGGUCGCAUACCUGUGUGUGGAAUGAUCUCACAGUAUAAUCUUACGCAACAUGAAGGCGUAACGAAUUUGGCACAUCUUGUGUAUAAACGGAUUCGUAUGCAAGGUUUUGUUGUAGGUGAUUUCUAUCAUCUGUAUGCCAAAUUCUUGGAGUAUGUUCUGCCUUAUAUCAGAGAAGGGAAGGUUGUGUAUGUGGAAGACAUAGCUGAGGGACUUGAGAAAGGCCCUGCAGCAUUGGUGGGAUUAUUUAGUGGUCAGAAUGUUGGGAAACAAGUGCUUGUUGUUGCUCGUGAAUGAAUUCUGGUGCUUUCAUUUUAUUUAUGUUGAAUAAUAAGAUCUCUCUGUAUGGCUUUGUGCAAUAUUCUUUCUAAACUAUAGUAUUGAUUGUAAUUGCUUGCUUCUGUGACAUCUUAGGAUAGAUAAAACCUCUGAUAUAUUCUUCUUUGUUACUUCUAAUAGUAUAUUUACUAAUUUUAUUAAGUUUUAUUUGCGGUCA